AUGACUAGUAAUACAAAAUACAUACUAUAUUAUUAUUAUUUAUUACUAUUAAUUUACCAAAUUUCAAUUAUCUCAUCAACAGGACAAUGUACAAUAAAACCAUUGGGAAUGGAAAAUGGUGAGAUAAAAGAUGAACAAUUAACUGCUUCAAGUCAAUAUGAUGAAGAUAGUGUUGGUCCAAGAAGUUCUCGAAUACGAUCAUCAAUUGAGGGUGGUGCUUGGUGCCCAAAAACAUAUAUAACAAAAGAUUCAUAUGAAUUUUUACAAAUUAAUUUAGAAAAUUUAUUUGUUAUUUAUGCUAUUGAAACACAGGGUAGAUAUAGUAAUGGUACUGGAAGAGAGUAUGCUUCACGUUAUUAUAUUGAUUAUAUGAGAAAUGGUUCUAGAUGGAUACGUUAUAAAAAUAGAUCUGGUGAAAGAUUAAUUAUUGGAAAUAAUGAUACAAAUACACCAGUUUAUAAAUCACUUGAUCCACCUAUAAUUGGUAGUAAAAUAAGAAUUGUUCCAAUAAGUGAUACACCAAGAACUGUUUGUUUAAGAGUUGAAUUAUAUGGAUGUAAAUAUGACUAUGGAUUAAUAUUUUAUUCAUAUACUCCUGAUUCUUCUAAAAAAGAUUUUUUAGAUUUUAAAGAUAGAAUAUUUGAAGAUAAUGAUCAAAAUGAUGCAAUUUUAUUAAGUAAACGUGGUCUUGGUAUAUUGUCUGAUGGAAUUAUUGGUACAAAUGAAGAAUCACCAUUUUCAUUUACACAAAAUAUGGGUGAUCAAAAAUGGAUAGGAUGGGAAGAUAAACAAUCAAAUGGAAUAAUACAUUUUAUCUUUGAAUUUAAUGAAUUAAGAAGUUUUGAUAAGAUAAUAUUUUAUGCAUUUGGUUCAUAUAUAUCACGUGUUGAUUUGGCUUUUGGAACUGAUGGUUAUAAUUUUGCUUCUAAAACACCUAUAACUGCAUGGCAACCAGAAGUUAAAUUAAAAGGAAGUGUAAUUGAAUAUGGAAAAGCAUUUAAUUUUACUAUACCUUUACAUAAAUCAAAAGGAAGAUUUAUAAAAAUAAUUUUAUCAUUUACUAGUGACUGGUUUUUUCUAUCAGAAAUUAAAUUUAAAUCAAAUAUUUAUUCUACAACUAAUAACAAUAAUACAUUUGAAAAAAAAAUUUCUGAUAAUAUAAUGGAUAUCAAAUCAAAUAAUAUUAUUCAAGAAAGAAAUUAUACUUUUGUUAAUCAUUUAUUUUCAAAUUAUUUUACUUCAUAUCAUGUUUUAAUUUCAUCAUUAAUAUUUUUUAUGCUUUUGGCAUUUAUAUGUGGGUGUCUUUUAGUAUUAUUUAGAAAAAAUUCUCUAAAAAGAAGAAAAAAUAAAAAUUAUGAUAGCAAAUUAUUUCUUUCAACAAAUAAUUGUACCAAUAAAAAAUUUAAGACAAAUGCAUUAAUUACUACAAUGACAAAUGAUGGUCAAACAAAAACUCUUAUUUGUGAUAAUCCUCAUGUAGAAAAUGUUUAUAUAAAAAAUGAUACUAGAAUUACAUCACGACCAUUAUCACCAAAUACAGAUAAAUAUUCAUCAAAUUAUGAAUAUUGUUAUAAACAACGAAGUAAUGUAUCUUCUAGUACUGAAGAAUCAUAUAAUGAACAUUCAGCUGCAACAGUUCCACUUCUUCAAGAUUCUAAUUCAACUGUAUUUUCUAUUACAUCACCAAACAGAAAACCUGUACCACCACCAAGAAAAUUAUGUGGUAGUGGUACAUUAUCUAAACAUUCAACAAUUAAUUGUAUUACUCCUAAUCAUACAAUAAAUCAAUGUAAUAUAGAUGAUGAAUUACAUUAUGCUUCAUCAAAUAUAUCUAUUCAAAGGCAAUCUCCAGAAACAUUUUAUAUACCAAAACAUUUAAUUAUAAAUAAUGAAAAUAUAUUAUUUCAAGAAUUAAUAGAAAUACUUAAAAAUGAAAAUGAUGGUUGUUUUGCUGUAAAAAAUUUAAAAAUUACUGAUAAUGAUGCAGCAAGGUAUGCUUUAUGUAGUGAAGCAGAUCUCUUAUCACAAAUAUCCCAUCCAAACAUACUAAAAUUUAUAAAUUUUAAUGAAUCUUUAAGUCUUAUACUUGAAUAUUGUCAUUAUGGAAAUCUUCGUAAAUUUGUUAGUUGUGAAAGAGAUAAUAUUAAUUUCACUAUAUUAAUCUCCAUAUGUACGGGUAUAGCAAAUGGAAUGAAAUAUUUAGAGCAUAAAAAUAUUGUUCAUGGACAUUUAUCACCCAAAUGUUGUUUGGUUGAUAGCAAUUGGAAUGUAAAAAUUGGUAGUGUUCGAGGACCUUCACAUCAUGCUCAGUUAAGAUAUAGUUCACCUGAAAGUAUAUUAUUAAAUGCUUGGACCAAUAAAAGUGAUGUUUGGAGUUAUGCAAUUACAAUAUGGGAAUUAAUAAAUAUGUUUGAUAAAAUACCAUUUGAACAAUUUACAAAUAAGAUGUUAGUUGAUAAUGCACAAUUACAAUUGGAGAGAAGUGAAGAAGCAUAUUAUCUUAAUUUUGAUGAUGAAAAUCUUAUUCCACAAGAAAUGAGUGAUAUAUUAAAAGAAUGUUGGAAAACAGAUAUGAAUCAAAGACCUACAUUUUUAGAAUUGCAUUUAUUUUUAUCAAGGAAAAGUUUAACUUUUCAAAAAAUGUUCUAA